GCGGGGUAUCAGAUGAUCGAUUUGAGCCUUGGCCUUUUCCUAAUGCCUUAACCCUCUGGGAGGCAUGGCACCAGGUUCUGCAUGCCCCUGCUAUAUAUAUGUGCUACUUGACUAUGUAUGAAUUGCAUUCAUCCCCCCAAAUAUAUAAUCAAGAUGGCUAAUCCCCGACCAUAGAUAACUUUUCUCUCCAACUGAAAAUAAUAUAUCAUGCAUCGAUCACUUCUCCGCUUCUCGAUCCAGUAAUCAUAUAAGCAAGGCAGAGAAAUCGAUGGCAGGAGUAGAGGUCGUGACGUAUGCAUGGAAAGAAUGGGGUCUCCAAGCGCUGGUGCUGCUCAGCUUCACGGUCCAGGUCACGCUCCUCAUCUUGGCGGAGUUCCGCCGGUACAUCGACUCCGGCGUGCUAAGGGCCUUCGUCUGGUCGGCGUACAUGCUGGCCGACGCGACGGCGAUCUACGUGCUUGGCCACCUGUCCGUGACCAGCAGGUCGCCCGAGCACGAGCUGCUGGCGCUCUGGGCGCCGUUCCUGCUGCUGCACCUUGGCGGGCAGGACAAAAUCACCGCCUACGCCAUCGAGGACAACAAGCUGUGGCUGCGCCACCUGCAGACGCUCGUCGUGCAGGUGGCCGCAGCCGCCUACGUCAUCUACGGGUCCUCCAUCAUCGUUGGCGGCAGCCGGCCCUUGCUCCGGUCGGCCACCAUCCUCGUGUUCGUGGUCGGCGUCGUCAAGUACGGUGAGCGAGUGUGGGCGCUCAGGUGCGCCGGUACUAGCCCAACUGGAAACUACCAGAGUGAUAUAGGGAUGAGAAGAUUUAAUCUAGUGGUGCCGGAGCCUUUCACAAGUCGCUUGGAUCCAGAAUACUUCCUAUUAAAUGCUCACCUACUAUUGGAUUUUGCCAAGGAUAGGUUUAAGGGGCCGUUACCUCGUCUAUUUUUGUAUGGCUCCAGCAGUCCAGGAUCACAGUUGCAUGGGGAGGAGGACUUGUACAAGGUGGCCGAGAUGCAGCUCUCGCUCCUGCACGACGUCUUCUACACCAAGGCUGAGGCUACGCACACUUGGUAUGGCCUCUGCAUCCGUGUACUUUCGUCGCUGGCCGCCGCCGCCGCAUUCUUGCUGUUUAAUAUACUACUCCUGGGUGAUCAUCAUCGUAAGCUCAAGGGUUACAGCAGAGUAGAUGUGGUUGUUACCUAUGUCCUCUUCGUUGGGGCCGUCGUCCUGGAGACUGCGUCGCUUUUGAGGGCCAUGUUCUCGAGCUGGACAUGUGCUCUCCUGCUAAAGUACGGAUCGGAAGGAGUUACUGUGUGUACUUCUCUUGCCCAUGUACCUGUGUAUCUCCGCCGGCUGGUCCGUGCGGCAGAAUGGAGGAGGAGGUGCAGCUGGUCGCGCUCCAUGGGGCAGCUCAACCUGGUUCAGUUGUGCGUGCGCAGCAGGGCCAGCCGAAUCAGAAGCAUAGCGAGAUGGAUGGGAGUCGAGGACUGGUGGAACACGCUGGCCUACUCGUGGUCCAUCCCCGUCUCGAAGUGCAUCGUGCAGCUGCUGCUCAAGAGCAUCAAGGCGAAGCAAUGGGGUCGGGAGGAGUGGGAGAGGAGAGGAUUGUACGGGGACCCGGCCUGGAUUGUCGAGUCCAAGUUGGAGGAGAGGAUCCUCAUCUGGCACAUCGCCACUGAGGUCUACCUGUGGUGGUACAAGGAUCAGAAGCAAGCAGAAGCGGAGGCCGGUGGUGCUCAUCUCGUCGAGGCCGCUCAGGCGCUCUCCAAUUACAUGCUUUUCCUGCUUGCCUCACGUCCCCACAUGCUGCCUCCCGAUGCCAGCCGCCAUGACUAUGUUGUGCUGUGCUAUGCUCUCACCUGUCACCUCAAGUACAGCACAGCCGAGGAUGUGCUCGGCUUACUGCAACGCUACGCGGAUGCAUUGAGGACUAACUCUGCAUCUGAGUUCGAAUUAUCCUGUAAGAAUACUAACCGGCUUGGAGACAAAGCGUUGAGGGGAGGAUGCUCGCUUGCUGCAUUCCUCGUCGACCGACAAGACUCGCCGGUUGGUGACACGCUGCAGAUGAUCUGCCAGGUGUGGGCGCAGAUGCUGUGCUGCGUUGCCGAGGAAUGCAGCGCCAAUUCUCACGCCAAGCAGCUCAGCAGCGGCGGCGAGCUCCUUACCGUCGCUGCCCUUGUAGCGAAAUACAUGAGGUCAACGAGGUUGUCUGCGUACUUUCACAUAGAGUUGUGUGAGCGUACGAACGAAUGGUAAAAUAAUUAGCAAGUGUUAAACCCUC